AUGAAGAACAAUUCUCAAUCAGAUCAAAGUUCUCAUGAUCCCCUACUAGGUCGUUCGCGCAGUCUAAUUGCUGUGGAAGUGGCCUUAUCCAUUCUCAUUUGCCUCACCUCCUUCCUCGGCAAUUUAUUAGUCGUUUAUGUUGUCCAUAAAGACUCCAGACUCAAGAGCUUAACGAAUGUAUUCAUACACAACUUGGCAUUGACUGACAUUUCCAUGGCAUCGCUGCACAUGUCCUUUUGGGUAACAAGCCUGUAUACAGGAACUUGGAUUUUUAGCGAGAAGUGGUGCGAGGUUCAAGCUGUAAUUCGGUCUACGUUGGGAAAUGCUUCUAUCCUGACUAUGGGACUUAUCGCCUUUAACCGAUAUUUCUGA